ACUAAGGUAUUUUUGGCUUAAAAAAUUCUAAAUAGUCACCUCCCCAAACUUUGUAUCGACCGUGCAAACACCCUGUAUAAUAUUAAUAUCCAGACGCAAUGCCAAUGCCAAGAUUUAUGAGGAAAAUUCGCGAUAUCUAAUUUAAAUCCAUCACACUGUAGUACAUUCGGACUGUUCUAUUCAAACAAUGAAUUUCUGGGACAGGGACUGUCACAGUGAGCCAUAUGAGUUAAUGAUAUGUUGUCUCUUUACCGAACUGAUUAGAGCUGCUGUAAAUGAGCGUUCCGGACUAUCAGAAAUACAUUGUUGGAAAGAACCAAUUGCGACCCUGAAAUAAAAAUGUCCAUUAGGAAAACCAAUGAACCACUUCAAUUUUUUAAAGCAUCAUCGUUUAGAAGAACCCCGGAAACAUCGCUUUGGCUUCUAGAGUGAAGGCUGAACAUUAACCAUGAGCGUACAUCACGUUUCGAUCAGCAUGUUAUCAGAAAAAAGUGUUUUGGGAGAUUGAAAGUUGUCUUAACUUAAAUAAAAGCUC